GAUACAGCGAUGAUAGAGCUUUCAACUCGUACCUAUCUGAUAACUGUCAGUCACAGAGGCGCAGUGUUUAACCGCUCUGGGAUAAAUUCUUGAUCCAGUCACUAAGAUCAAUGUAUGGAAUAAAGGGAAUCGUAUCCUAAACACGAGCCCUCUUUAUCAUGAUAUCCAGCUGAGAUAUAUCAAAAGAAUUCGACACCAAGUCUUUAUAUACAGUACCAAUAAGCAGAUUCUCUGUCUCUGAACACCUUUCAUGUCUAUUCCAAUCAUACCUUCUUCAGUCACACUGCCCUCGUUCGCGGAUGUUUAUGGCGCUGCACUUGUUGGUUCAUGGGUAGCAAUGGGCCUUUACGGACUUACGACGACACAGGCAUACAUAUAUUGGGUUCACUAUCCAAAAGAUAGCCCAUGGACAAAAUCAUUGGUUGCAUUUCUUUGGGUUUUGGGCACAAUACACUCUAUUUGCAUGUGUCAUGCUACUUAUUUCCACCUGAUAAAAGUAGAGUCAGACAUUCUGGUAGCUCUCAGUAAUAUAUGGUCAUUCAAUGCGGCUGUUCUUUUAUAUAUCAUAUCUUACAUCACCGUGACUAUUUACUACAUAAAUAUGAUCUUUCAAUUGAGCAGUGACCGCUUUCGCUGGUGGCUGACUGGAAUACUUGUUUGUUUUCCUAUCGAUAUAUCGGCUAAGCUGACCUAUUUUCCCAACAAGGCACUCCCUGCUUUAUCUUUUCUUGCUCUUGCAUUAGACACUUGUAUCCACGGAUUCAUAUCACCGACCGUCAUUAUCUUGUCGGAAAUUGCUCAUGAUACGAUUAUGCCUGGCUUUGCGCUGCAAUGCGUUUCAGAUGGAUCAAUCACCAUAUCCUUGUGUUUACUUUUGUACGGGAAACGGACGAGUUUUCAGAGGACACGCCACAUCCUAAACAACUUGAUAAUCUAUGCUGCAAGCAGAGGUUUGAUAACUUUACUGGUCACACUCGUCAUGGUCCUUGCAAUUGCUAUAAACCCUGAUCAAAUGUGGUAUGGUGGGAUUCAAUUCGCUUUAGUCGGCCUCUACACAAAUUCUCUCAUGACGAUGUUGAACGCACGACGGCCAUCCAGUGAUACAACAGAUGCGUCUCUUGAAUAUGGCAUGAACCAAAAAUCUCACUUUGGUGCGUCUGGUGGGAAGAGUGAGAAUAAUACUAGUGUGGACAUUGUUGUAAAAAAGCCGGCGAAUGUGGAGUUCAUUGUGCUUGGCAGGAAUGGGACCAAUAACAGCGAAUGAUAAGUUGAACGGAAUUGAAGUCAUCAGUGUAAAUGUCAUGCAAGGGUGGCACUGGCCCGACUAUAGUUCCAUAAAAAAAGUUAUCUUCUCUCCAGUCCAGCAUGCACUAUCAUUCAGAUUUGCUACCAUAAUUUAUUUUUAGAAGCUUGUAUACUAUCUGAAUCUUUGAGUAGAGAAGACUGAUAAAACCAGAUAAA